UUCUGUUUGGUUUCUUUGUGGCCCACAAAAUACCCCUGAAGCAGUCACAUGAUCCUAAAGCGCAGCACCUAAACUUUGCUGCUCUUUUGUAAAAUCUCUUCCUCGUGUGAAAACUGUGGUGAACCUUAUGGUGAGCUCUCGUCCUGUAGUUAACAGACGGUUGAAGUACAUCAGCCUGGCUGUGCUCGUGGUCCAGAAUGCAUCGCUCAUCCUCAGCAUCCGGUACGUCCGCACGUUGCCAGGCGACCGCUUCUUCACCACGUCGGCCGUGGUGAUGGCGGAGGUCCUGAAGGUCCUGACGUGUCUGGUCAUCAUCCUACUGCAGAAGAGACUAAACGUGAAGGAGACGGUGUACUUCCUGAUCGACGUCAUCGUGGUUCAGUACAAAGACACUCUGAAGCUCGCCGUUCCUUCUCUCAUCUACACUCUGCAGAACAACCUGCAGUACGUGGCCAUCUCCAACCUGCCGGCCGCCACCUUC